AUGUGCGAUAGGCAAAAACAGGCCUGGUCCGCCGUUAUCAUCGGCAAUGUGUUGAUCUACACUGUUGUUAUCGCCAGCCCGAUCUAUGUUCCUCAAUUUCAACCGGGAAGCACGGGAAGAAAUAUCAGACACUUACCCUGCGUGUCACGCAGGAGCGGUGAGACCGGUGUGUGCAUGUUUGCGUUUACCUGCGCGAAAGCAAAUGGCACGCAUCUUGGUACAUGCAUCGAUCGUUUCUACUUCGGUAGCUGCUGCAAAAUUGACGACGAGCCGGACAUCUUCCCGCAAGACAACAGCAUCGACGAUGGCCCGCCGGCGCCAAGGCCGUUUAUCACGACCCAGAGGCCUAUCGGGAGCAGCGGCAUACCGGAAUACUUUACGAAGUCCAAGCCGACCGAUGAAAAGAAACCAGUCGGGGCUUCACAAAUCACGGCAAGUAGACGAUCGCUAAUGAAGCAGCGAGCCGGCUUAGCACGUUUCGCCAUGUGUCAUACGCAGACUUCAGCAAAUACGAUGAGAAACAUGACGAAGUUCGCGACAAAGAAGCCAACGAUCACAACGAUCGAAAUGACUACACAGACUACUCGCCUCUCGACAUUCCAAACUGUGCAAAACGCUGGACCUAGCACGGAAACCACGUUGAAGGGUACCAACAAUACUGUAAAUAUUCCAGCAAAUAUAUCGCCGAGUAUAACGAGACAACCUACAAAACCGACCACUUUGGACUCUACACUCCGACCUAGCACUCUAAAUUUAACAAAACUGAUUAUCACAUCGGGAACGACCACAAAGAAACCUGUUAUCUCCACGACAACAGUGCAGAGACCAACGGUGCAGAUCUCUCAGAAACCACUCCCUUCAACUACUCGACCGAUUGUUCAACAGGAAUCGACCACGACUACGAUCAAAAACAUUCUCACGACUAGCACGCAGAAAGUGGUGCCUUCAACCAGAUUCCCACCAAGAAAUACGACGUCGGUUAAACCACUGACUCAGACGACGAGAAAGCCUAGCACUAAAAGACCUAGUACCACCGUGACAACGAAACGCCCAGUGGUGACUACGAAGAAACCCACUACGUUGACAAAGAGACCUUCAACUCCAACAAAGCCUCUUACGAAUUCCAGCUUCGGGACCACUUUGCCGGCGACAACUAAGCCUCAUUCAACCUCUGGCUUGUUCAGCAAUGGAUCUUCCAGUACGAGUGUAAAUCGAGCAACGGAAAGUACUUUAGCCUCCACUGGAAUUAGACCAUUGACUGCAACGACAACAACUACCAAUACAAGUAGUCAGAAAACUACCAUUACGCCUACGAAUUCGGAUCAUAAAGUGUCUACCAAAACGACAACGCCGAAGACGACCUUGAAAACGACAACGAAACCAUCGACGAUCAGAAUAACCACCGUUAGACCGUCGACAACGCCUAAAACAACAAUCAACAGACCGGCCACGACUAAGCCAUCAUCAACUACAACGAAACUGAAACCCACUAAAAUCACUAGUACGACGACGAAGACUACUAGACCUGAAUACACUAGCACCACGUUGACUACAGCAGGAACGAAGCCAUUAUCGUCAACUGUCGGUUCAACGGUUGGCGUUACGAGACCAAGACCCAGCACGACGAAACCGACAUCUUUGACGAAGCUUCCUGUGAACACAUCCAAUAUCGUGGAGGUUACUACGAGUAUCUCGAGCUCGAUAUCCACGUUUACAGUUAGAAACGAGAGCACUUCGACCCACGUACCUCCUACCAAGGGUCAGAAUGUUAAUCACACUCUCGAGGAGAUUCCGUUGACUACUUAUUCUCCAGGAUUAGUAACGUGGAGUUCCAACUCCGAUGAACUUUCUACAAAGGCAUCCAAUAAAACGAUUUCGUCAACAACAUCAACGUCAACGCAAACGCCAACAUCAACGCCAACAUCAACGUCAGUAUUAACGUCAACGUCAACGUCAACGUCAACGUCAACGUCAACGUCAACAAUAGCUACAUCAUCAGAACAAGCGGAAACUGAUUGGUCGCCGAUAACAACUCCGGAUGGUUGGAUAAUGAUUCAGUCGCCUACCACCGAAAAGUUACCGGAGACUCAAGAGUCGUCGACCGAACCGGUUACGGAAUCCACUAUCCAGUCUUUGACUUCUGCCAAACCGAUAACAGAGAGCAGUUUCAUCCCCGACAUCACAAAGAGACCAACGGUAACAACUUUAUUGUCAACGAUUGCUAGUGUUACGAUCGACAUGGAACUUCCGGUACCAAUGGAGACCCUCAAUAUGUCGGACUACAAACAAGGCAGACAAAAGAAUUAUGUGAGCGACGCAUCCGCGCAACGGUACCGGUUCAUCUCCAGUCGAACAAACGCAGCGCGUCCGUUCUCCAGCAUGACCGCCCAAUUGGGACUGAUGCGAUUUAACUCGACAUUGUUUGUUCUUGCAGUGUGCGGACGAAGAAUGUUUCCGCAGCCCAAGAUCGUCGGCGGUCAGGAAAGUUCCUUCGGAAAAUGGCCUUGGCAGAUCUCAUUACGUCAAUGGCGAUCCCAGACAUAUCUGCACAAAUGCGGCGCGGCAUUGUUGAACGAGAACUGGGCUAUUACCGCAGCGCACUGCGUCGAAAGCGUACCACCCACCGAGUUAUUGUUAAGGAUCGGCGAACACGAUUUGGCGAACGAAGAUGAGCCGUACAUGUAUCAGGAGAGAAGAGUACAAAUUGUGGCGAGCCAUCCACAAUUCGACGCACGUACUUUUGAGUAUGAUCUUGCUCUGUUGAGAUUCUAUGAGCCCCUACUGUUCCAACCAAAUGUCUUGCCGAUCUGCCUGCCAGACGAUGAUGAAACCUACGUUGGUCGUACCGCUUAUGUUACUGGCUGGGGUAGACUCAAAGACGAAGGACCACUGCCGUCCGUGUUACAGGAGGUUGCAGUACCGGUUAUCAAUAAUAACGUAUGCGAAGCGAUGUACAAAAACGCGGGUUACAUCGAGCACAUUCCACAUAUAUUUAUCUGUGCCGGUUGGAGGAACGGCGAUUUUGAUUCCUGCGAGGGUGACAGUGGUGGUCCGAUGGUCAUCAAAAGAGCACGAGACAAACGAUGGAUUCUUGCUGGAAUUAUCAGCUGGGGAAUCGGUUGCGCUGCGCCUAAUCAACCCGGUGUUUACACGCGUAUUUCGGAAUUUCGCGACUGGAUCAAUCAGAUCCUGCAGUUCUGA